AUGUAUUUUGUUGACUUUUUUUUUGUAAUUAGAUUAAUAAUUAUAUUUUGCAUCAAAGAGUUUGAAUUUUUUUUUUUUUGGUUUGUUUUUAGGCAUGAUUUGCAAAAAAAAAUUAUAAUUAUUAGAAUGCUAAUGAAUAAUUUUUUUUCAGAGGCAAUAGACAUGACUGCAACACAAGAUACUAUUCGAUUCAGUGGUCAUACUUUAGAUAAAGCAACCAAGGCAAAAGUUACAUUAGAAAAUUAUUACAGCAAUUUAAUUGCUCAGCAUAUUGAAAGAAAACAAAGAAUUUUACAAAAUAAUGAUUCUUUAAAAGAUGAAGGUUUAUCAGAAGCGCAAAAACAAGAAAAGCGUCAAGCACACGCUCAAAAAGAAACAGAGUUCCUGAGAUUGAAAAGAUCAAGAUUAGGAGUGGAAGAUUUUGAUCCAUUAAAAGUAAUAGGUAGAGGAGCAUUUGGAGAGGUUAGGCUUGUGCAGAAAAAGGACACAGGACAUGUUUACGCUAUGAAAAUUCUUAGAAAAACAGAUAUGUUGGAAAAAGAGCAAGUUGCUCAUGUUCGAGCUGAGCGUGAUGUUUUGGUAGAAGCAGACCAUCAGUGGGUUGUAAAAAUGUAUUAUAGUUUCCAGGAUCCGAUCAAUUUGUACCUGAUUAUGGAAUUUCUUCCUGGAGGUGAUAUGAUGACGCUUUUAAUGAAAAAAGAUACACUUUCGGAAGAGUGCACACAGUUUUACAUAGCAGAAACCGCAUUGGCUAUCGAUUCAAUUCAUAAGCUAGGUUUUAUACAUAGAGAUAUCAAACCUGAUAAUUUACUUUUGGAUGCCAGAGGACAUAUCAAGUUAUCUGAUUUUGGAUUGUGUACUGGUUUGAAAAAAUCUCAUAGAACCGAUUUUUACCGAGACCUUAGUCAGGCAAAGCCUUCUGAUUUCACUUCGAGUCCGAUGGAUAGUAAAAGAAGAGCAGAAAGUUGGAAAAGGAACAGGCGAGCUUUAGCGUAUUCCACCGUUGGUACGCCUGAUUAUAUAGCACCAGAAGUAUUUCUUCAAACAGGGUACGGUCCAGCUUGUGAUUGGUGGAGUUUAGGAGUUAUUAUGUAUGAAAUGCUUAUAGGUUACCCUCCGUUUUGUAGCGAGAAUCCGCAAGAAACGUAUAGAAAAGUCAUGAAUUGGAGAGACACGUUAAAUUUUCCACCGGAAGUUCCCAUAAGCGAAGAAGCUAAAGAAACAAUAAUUAAAUUUUGUUGCGAAGCAGACAGACGACUCGGAGCUCAGCGGGGAAUGGAAGAAAUUCGUUUGGCUCCAUUUUUAAGAGACGGAGUCGAUUGGGAGCACAUAAGAGAAAGACCGGCUGCUAUACCCGUACAAGUCAAAUCGAUAGACGACACGUCGAAUUUCGAUGAUUUUCCAGACAUCAAAUUAGAAAUUCCAUCCGCGCCUUCUAAUCAAGAUGGAGAAGUCAUGUGCAAUGAUUGGGUUUUUAUAAAUUAUACAUUCAAACGUUUCGAAGGUUUGACACAAAGAGGAACACCUACAAAAAAAUAA